CAUAGACUUUGAAAAAUCAAAGCUGGGCACACACUAUGGAUACCAAAUGUUGUAAAACAACUAUUUCUUCUUCAACACCACACCAGAGGUGCUCUAGGAUUACAGAUUUUAGGGCUAUCUCUUCUAACACCAACUGCCAGCAUGGUGGUCUUAAAGCCAACAGCUGCCAACCAACUGGCCAUGUUCGGAGGACCACCCACAUCCAGGGCUGCCAAUCCACUCCUUGCUUGUGUCUCACGCCCGUCUGCUUAAUAAGAAGCUUCAACACCUGUCCCUCUCUGGAUGAUUGUGGCCAGUGUGGUGAAGGUAUCAACAGUAAUGAGAAAGGGACCAUGCAAAUCUUGAACGACCGCCUUGCUAACUACCUGGAAAAGGUGCGAAUGUUGGAACAAGAGAAUGCUGAACUGGAGGGUAAAAUCCAGGAAGAGUGUAACAAAGAGCUCCCUGUCAUCUGUCCUGACUACCUGUCCUACUACACUACCAUUGAGGAACUCCAGCAGAAGAUCUUGUGUACCAAGGCUGAGAAUUCCAGACUGGUCUCACAAAUUGACAACACCAAACUGGCUGCCGAUGACUUGAGAGCCAAGUAUGAAGCCGAAGUGUCCCUACGCAAGCUGGUGGAGGCAGAUGCCAGUGGCGUACAGCACAUCCUAAAUGCGCUGACCCUGGGCAAAGCUGACCUGGAGGCACAACUCCAGUCUCUGAAGGAGGAGCUCCUUUGCCUCAAAAACAACCAUGAUGAGGAAAUCAAUUCCUUACAGAGCCAGCUUGGAGACAGACUCAACAUUGAAGUGACCACUGCCCCUUCUGUUGACCUAAACCGGGUUCUACAAGAAAUGAGAUGUCAGUAUGAGUCUAUCAUAGAGACAAACCGCAGAGAUGUGGAACAAUGGUUCAACACACAGAUGGAGGAGCUGAACCAGCAGGUGGUGACAAGCUCUCAGCAGCAGCAAUACUGCCAGAAGGAGAUCACUGAAUUGAGACGCACUAUGAACAUUCUGGAGGUUGAACUUCAGGCCCAGCAUCGAAUGAGAGAUUCCCAGGAAUGCAUCCUGGCGGAGACGGAGACCCGCUAUGCGGCCUUGCUGGCUCAGAUCCAGUGUCUGAUCGAUAACCUAGAGGCUCAGUUGGCAGAGAUCCGAUGUGCCCUGGAAAGACAGAACCAAGAAUACGAGAUUCUGCUGGAUGUCAAGUCCCGGCUGGAGUGUGAGAUAACCGCAUACCGCAGCCUUCUGGAGAGCUUGGACGGCAAGCUUCCCUGUAACCCGUGUGCCACCAAAUGUGAGCCUUCAACUUGCAUAUCCAGGAAGGCCAGAGCCAUAGAAUGCACAGCCCCAGUUUACACAUCAUCCUCAGCCCCCCGUGGGGUACGCAAGCCCUGCAGAGCCCGUGGAGGCCUGUCCCGGAUCCUGGUUAAAAUCUGCACCAUCACCAAGGAGAUUAAGGACGGGAAAGUCAUUUCUUCUCAUGAGCAUGUGCGGCCUUGCUUCAUCACCAGACCCGCCACAGUCUAACAUCCCAAGAUGAUGAAAAUGACCCUGCUUCGCGAAAGAGAGGCCAAUUCUUCCUCCUGCCAGAAAGGUUUAAGAACUCCCCAGUCCCUUCAGGUACUUCAUUUCUUUACCACUACAGUGGGUCCCCGUUAAUAGACAGAAUAUCUUUCAUUCUGCUCCUUCCCUAAGUUGCUGCUGCCAACA